CACCUUCCCAGGAUUUCCUACUCUUCUCUAAACCUGAUCGCCCUUCACUGUUCUGUGCGCACACGCAAGGCGAACACGCUGUGAGUAGUCGACGAGCUCUGCGACGACGAAGGCGACGGCGACGACCCCGCGCUGAGUGGGCCGCUUCCGUCUUGUGCAGUCACCGUCGUCUCGGUGGCUCUUGACCUUUUUGUUUUUGGUCACCCUGCCAUUCGAUUUACAGAGGAAGGAACGAAGCUUUGCUUUCGUUCCCUGUCGAGCGGGGAUUGAUCCAACGUGACCUCCCUGCUUCAAGCUCCCUCUCCAACCUGGAGACGGAUAGAGCGAGCGUCACGUCGCUCCUAACAGAGUCGCACCAAGACGCUCCUUACAGCCCUCGGCCAACCGUCCCUGAUGUACUCGUCAACACCGUAAGCAGCAGCAUCAUCAAGCUGUGAACCAGCAGCACGCGCGCCUCGGUGCAAGCGGGCAGACAGUCGCGCACAGAGGAAGAUAUAAUGGGUACACAGGCACGACGCAUCCCACUUCCAGCGCCUACCGACAUCAGUUCGAGCGCCCUCGGCACUAGCGACGACCUCGCCACUGACAUUUCCCGUGCCACCGACCGCACCUCAUAUUCGAUUCCUGAGGACGGCAGCCCUGUCACCAUCACCACCAAGCGCAGCAAGGGCGGGAAGGACCAGUCCCAAACCACUUUGCUGAUUGAGUACUACGAGCCCGGCAGGACCGCCGAAGGCGUCAAACCACGGCCUAGCGUGCGUGUGCGCGUCACGCCGUCCGGUUCAGGGAAGGCACGGGCCAAAAGUGGAGAGAAGGGCUGUAUCCAAAUCACAGAGACUGGCAAAAACCGAAAGCCCUCAUACACGCGGCGCAUCUCGCUGCCGCACUCGUCCUCUGAGGCGCUCGACGCUUCCGAGAUCUCGGAAUCGUCAUCGGGACGACCUCCCGUAGAGGUAGAAGUUCUACAGGGGACUAGUGACUUGUCGCAACGCGAACAAUCGCCAACCAGGUACUACGUUCCCACUUCGGACGUCUCAUCUAUACCGCCGGACUCUUUGCUGGACGGGAGCACGCCUGCCAUCAUUACAUCUAGGGCCGAGAGCAGAGCCAUAGAUCAGGUUGACGGAAAAACGGUUGCUGUUCCAUCACUCAAGGCGCCCGUUGGAGACCGCGACCGUAGCGUGAGCAGAGAGAGAUUGGCUCAGAGCGCCAUGAAGAAGAUCCAAGAGCGGGAGGCCUCUGCCCGGGGGGAGGUCACUUCAGCCAAAAUGAAGUCCAUGAGUCGUCGCAGCAGUGGAAGUUCUGCGAAUGAAUAUGUUAUUGACGAAGCGGCCUCGCCAAAGACACGCUCGCGAAGAUCGAGCGAGCGCGGGGCUUUGCAGGAGCCCUCUGAAGUUAGCGCCCUGAGCGCUGGAUCGGCCGCAAAAUCCUCCAUAUCUGCACGAUCGAAUGCAUCCUCUAUUAACAAUCCAAAGCUGCUUUCCGCGGUCGAAGAUGCAAUCAAGAAACUAAUUCUUCCGGAACUAACCUCCCUGAAAGAGGAACAAGCCCGUGUCAAAGAGGAACAGGCACGACAAAAGAACCGGAUGAAGUUUGAAGAAAUGUCAUUCGACUCUAAGGCUCCAGCUGGCGCUCGCGAUAAUCUACGUCGUGUCUCAAAAUCUUCUAGCUCCCCGAAUGUCAGAACAAGUGUGCUCUCCGACGAAAAGUUCGCCGAUGUUUCAGAGUCAGUAAGGAGCAAAAAGUCGCGCAGAUCAAGUCGUGGAUCUGACGCGAGUCACGACACGGCCAUUCGAGAGGAAGCCUCUUCGCGGCGGAGCAGUCGUGAGAAAAAGCACAGUUCCUCCAAAGUCGCGGCGGCUGCCAUGGCAGGUGCUGCUGCUGGUGGUGCCUUGACCGCGGCGGCUUUGCAGCAUCACGAUUCGAUUCAUAGUCUGGACGAGGAGCGCAAGAGAAGGAAAAGACGGAGCAAGAGCAGGAGUCGAUCAGCUAGUCUCGCAGAGAGCGUGGAGGUUCAGACGAAAACAAGAAAAGCAGACGAUCUAGAGAUUCCAGCACUGCCAACUUUACAGCAAGAGAGUGCAGUCGGUACCGAUGUCACACGUGACUCCAUUCUCUCAGCAGAAACAGAUCGGCCGCAGUCGCCUGUUGAGUCUCUCACUGAUAUUAAAAAGCAUGAGAUCAAAAAGGUAUCGACGGGGUCGCCUCGUCAGGUCCUAUCCCCGGAGCCGCGGGCGCCGUCCAAAACGUCUGGGAGAUUACUUGCUGGCAGCCCACACUCCGAACGCAGUGUUGAAUCGGGAGGCAGGGUAAGACGCGCUGUUCAAGAGAUCGAUCUUGCCCAACAUGAACGUGUCCGAUCUCUUAAAAGCAGCGAGUCGCUGUCCUCGAACCGCAAGCCGCGGCGACAUCGUUCCAAUCUGUCCGUUGAAUCGAUCGAGAGCUCUCCCCAACAUGACAUCCCUAAGCGGCAGCGACCCAUUGGUAUUAACCUGGAGCACCCCAGCGAGGUUUUACCCGAUGAGCCGUACAGCUCCAACGAAGCUGAUCCCGAGUGGUUUGAGAAGGAGCAUCAACGCAACGAGGAGCUGCGACGGGAAUAUGAGGAAAGUCAGGUGGGUUCCAAUGGUCGUCGCUACACGGAUGAGAGUUUCGCAGAUGGAAUCCACAAGAAGUCUUUUGACAUGGAGCGUGGCAUAAGGGAUGGCGCUGAAGCGAACCCAGAGUACGUCCACACACCGGUUGCGGUUGAGUCUGCAGUUGCUUCGCUUCACGAGCCAAGUGUGCUUAGCAGUGUUCAUUCCAGCCAAAAGACGGAUUCCGCACUUGAUGGCUUCGGUCACGAAGGUUCCGUCAGUCGUGACAUGGAAAAUGGACAGCGUACAAGCUUAAGCAAAGAGCGUUGGGAAGCUAUUCGCGAUCAAGCGAUCGAAAAUGCCCGAAAGCAAACAAAUUCUGCGUCCCCACGCCAAAGCGAGUCUUCUCUUACUGAUCGGCCCGUUAUGGGAGCCAGUGCGAUCCCGUUGGCUCACGAUCAACUUCCCGAGCCGGGAUAUUACGAUAACGAAUCUGAGAUCACGACUAAUCCAUCGCUCAUCAAAGGACCCAUCGGUGGGCUUGAACAUGGCAAUAGAGAUCAUUGGCCGUAUGACCCAACGCCAACCAUGGGGCCGAACAGAGAGACUUCGAAUGUCCACGAAGACCACACUGUACGAGACCUUGCACUAGGAGCUAGUGCUGGAGCUGCAGCUGUAGGGCUAGGUCUUGCGACGGCGAGGUCACAGGAGAGCGCAAAGUCCGCUACUAGACAAAUUGACCGCCGGAUGCAGCCUAAAUACGAGGAUGAGCGGGAUGAGGUAUUCGAGGACGAAGCUGAUGGGGUAGGGGGGCAGCAGCACUUAGGCUACGCGAGUCCAAGUGGUGGAAAGGGCAUUGAUGAGGGUUAUAUGUCCGGAGCCAUCCCUGGCGGUGAGCACACGCCUGAUCCAUAUUCUGCUGGCCAAAAUCAAGCGUUCGACAACUUAAGCCUCGACAAUGUUGAGGAAGAUGAUGCAGUGGCCUCACAGAGGCGUCUUCGAUAUGCUAGCGGCCUCUCACAUGGCAUGUCUCCUUCCUUUUACGAUGCUGCAACAGGCAAGGGCAUCGACCGUAUCAAGGAUCGCGAUGUCGUAGCGCUCAUGGAUCAUCUCACUGUUCGAGACGCUCAUCGCAACGCCCGCGACACGGAAAUUCUGGUUACUUUAGUGAGAACUGCGGCGGAGAUGCGUAACCAGUGGGAAGACAUGAAGAAAUUUAUGCAAGAACAGGAUCGCAUGGUCAUGGCGCAUACAGACCGUGUUGCUGAUAAGACAGUUCAGCGCCUAAUAAACGGGCCAAGGCCUUAUCCUGGUGUCACCUCCAGUGCUGCGGCACAGCGCGGGCCGCGUCGUUCGGCAAGCGAGGAUACAGAUGACAGCGCUGCGAAGAAGAAGAACCUUUUCCGUCGCGCGUUCAAAAACUUGGGUAGCAAAAACCAAGAUUUAACCAAAAUUGAAAGCAUGCUGAUGCAGCUCCUUAAUGAAGUAGAAGAUCUCAAGGCUGCGCAGAUAGGCGCUGCCGGCGGUGCUCAACAAUUUGCGCAGGGAGACCCCCAUUCUCGUUCAAACAGUAUGGAUUCUUACAACGAACUAAGGAAUGUACCAGAUCCAGGAUACGAGCCUGAAGGUAUGGCAGGCACGUCGAGCAGCCCUGCACAAUCGGCUGGACACCUAAGUAACCCGUCUAGCAAGCAUGGAGGGGCGAUGCACUCCGGGUACGAUGCACGGCGCAGCUCUGAGGGACAUCGAAUCAGCACUGUUCUGGAAGGGGACGAAGAAGAUGAGGAGAAUUGGACACCACAAUCCGCACCUGCAAGGGGAGGGCAGUACAUCAAUAACGACGGCAUGCUUACUCCUACACAGGAGAUAAGGCGACAACGCUCAGCACCGUUGGACCAGCACGAGAGUCCAACUGCGGGAGGGGGCCUGCAAGGCUCACGAAGCGCAGAGGACACUCCAGUGAAAUCCGGAGAACGGAAAAGCAAGCACAAGAGUGGAGCGAGUUGGCUUUCUGGCAAGAUUGUGCCCAUCUCCCGGUGGAGUAAGACAACCGCGUCCACAGUGCAGGAGAACCAAGCAAGCGGUUCGCGAAAAGAUGAGAGACCUUACUCGCAGAUGUCUCGCUCGGGUUCGAAUGUUCACUUAGAGGCGUACGACGACUACGAUCUCAACGACGAUGAUCGUCUCCGAUCCCGCACAUCACUGGACAGCCAACCAAAGAGAGGAUCCAUUCCCAUGCCGCGUUCCGCGUCACCACUUAUACCUGAAGAACGUAGGAGCAUCGAAGAUCCGAAGUAUCAGGCGCACAGAAACUCGCUGAACUUGCAACAUCCACAGCCUAGGCAAGGCCCUACACACAGACAUCAGACAUACCUGGAGACUCAGGCUAUUGACUACGGGUACGACGGUCCUGAUAGUGAUUUAUCUCAAGUGUCGGGUGCACAAUACGAUCAAUGGGGUAAUACGCCAGCUUUGGCUCUGAAUAGGCUGAACCGUUUCAGCGGGAGCAGUGGGCAGACUACGCAAACGCCGCAUAGGGAGGAGGACUUGAGUCCCGUCCAGUCAGAUGCCUAUAGUGAACGCUCUGCUAGCGAGCAGGCACACAACCGUCUGCCAGCACAGCAGCAGACAGCAACUCCGCCACGGCCACCAAAGAUCAAGAGCGACGACGGGCCGCUUGUUCCACCCAAGGUUCCAUUCGAUACAAACGAUGAUGAUCUUGGCCAUAGUGCAACAAUCACAAAUCCAGGCGAGAUUGGCUUCGGUUAUCAUUCGCCUUACUCGAAUAGCGGUAUGCACAUCGCUAGCCCUCUGGAGCCGAUUGAGGAGGUACGGUACUCGUUAGAGACGGAUAGAAGCAGCGUUGCUAGGGGCAUGAGGGACAGGGAGGACCUAACGCCAUCACCAAGGCCCACAGCGAUGCAGUCCAUUACCCGUAAGAUCACGGGCCCCCGAGAGAUGCCAUUCAGUGCGCGCAAGACGAGUGGAAAUACCCUUACCGUGCCACGGAAGCCCGUCGCGUCAGAGCCGCAAAGAGAGAAGAGUCCUGGUGAGUUUGCUGAUGAAAAAGAGCGAUGAAAAAGAAGGAAAUAGAUGUUUAAAUGCAUCUAGAGUACGUCUUCGCCCCCUCUGAUGCCAGUACAUUCUAUUGCCAUGGGGUUUUAUCUUAUUUUUCAUAGAGACCAAGGCUAACGUAUACUUGUUAUGGGCAGUCCCGAGCUAUGAAAGCUAUCGUAGCUCGCUAGACAGUGAUAUUUUCUGAAACACGUCCACCACAGGAAUGGAGGGGCUUUGUUGUGAAAGCUGGUGGGGCACACUAGUCGAUGAAGAAGGUGGAAAGAUUUAGGGAUUGGAAUCUUGAUAAGCCGUUACGACACUCGCGGCUAAGCGAAUUGAUAUCGGAAACAUGGGAGCGAUGAAGGAUCGCCAAUUAACGGCACGUUGGCGGCACUUGCGCGCAUGUGGAGACUUGAUUUGCAUUUAGCGGGCGCAUGCAUUCUUUUCAUCGUUAUCUUCUCGAGAGCUUGACCGCCUGCGUUGUAUCUUCUUCACCAAAGUUUUUCUCCGCGAGCGAGAUGGCCGUUGGCAAGUUAUACGCUGUAUAGCGCUAGGGAGUGGUUGUACGUGUCUUAAUGGACGAAUCAGUCACGACGGUCGGGUAUUGUUCCUACAUCAGCAAGGAAAGGUAUAGUCAGUGAUUAUAAUAGCUAUUCAACUCAAUCAACGCAGUGUCAAUACACGCAGCCGCUACAUUGCCCGA